AUGGGAACUGUUACGUAUAUGGAGUUCUAUAGCUCUAAAGCUGCUGACACUCUUACCGAUGUCUCCUCUUUGCCUGAACUCAAGACUUUCCUUCCCUCGGCCAUUAGCAACGAAAGCCAGAUUUCAGAGGAUCUAGUUGCAGAAGAUACUGCCCCCUUGCCUGGACCAACUGCUACAACCUGGCUGCCUCGCGCAGUAGAUGAUCCCGAGUCUCAUCUAUCACUCUUCGUGGACUACCCCAACUUUCCUCCGUCUCUUCCGGCAUUAUGCGUCGGGGACGAAACUAUCAUCGCUUCCUUGCUGACAAGCGCGGUGUAUCAACGCCUCACUUGGGGAGUAAAUGAUCCCAUCGUUGGACUCGCCUGGUCUUCAACGUCACCUGUGGUUCGGGUUUUCGUAGCUUGCCUAAGCCCAGAUGCGCAAGACGACUUGUCACAAACCCACAACCCACAAGGAGGCUGGUUUGACUUGAGUGUACCUUCGUCGAAGCGGGCAUUCAUACACUAUCUUUCUACGGUGAUUCACCGCGGGGCUAACACCUUACCUAAAACAAUGCACCCUUCCCGUGAGAGAGUCUGGCUUCAAUGGCGUUCAGAUUUCGCCAAAGCUGAAACCGUAUUGGACAAGAUGGCAUCUGUCGCGACUUGGACAGCACAGACGGCCUCCGCAGAAAAUCCAGACUCAUCAACGCCUGUCGAUGUUUUGCAGCCUAACAAAAUCACAUCAACUAUAAGCUCACAAGAUGAAGGGCUUCUUCAACGAUGGUCGUGCUGGGAGUAUGUCACUGCCCUCCAAUGUAAGACCAUGACACAUAACAUUAUCCCCAUUGCUAGCGUUGCGUCGGGUGCCUCGAACGCUGCCAAGCCUUGGGGGGCGAUGCGACGGUGGCUGUGGAAUCGUGUUAGCACACUGCUCUCGACUUUGCCAUUACUACAGUCAAUGCAUAUCCAUCCGGCUUAUGCUUCCCUCACUCGCUUUGAUCGGGAGUGCACGAGAGCCUUGCCCUCCGUUCCCGAAGAGUACCAAGCUCUAAGGAGCGAGCUCGUGAACGUACUUUCAGCCCAGCUUGAGGAUUCACAGGCAGAGGGCCCGAGAUUGAGCGAGUAUGUCAGCAUAGAUCUCCGCAAUAGCCUUGAGAAAGUUCUGGCGAGUUGUGCACAAGCAAGGCUGCAGCGCGAUGAUGUGAUGCGUCUCGGCACUCCCGUAGCUGUUGACCACAUUUGGGAUGCUCUCGUAUCAAGGCUGAUGUACGGGAAGUCAAUGAAAGUCAGGCAUUCAGCCCCUGUCUCACUCCCCCGAAGUACGAUGACCGAUCGACAUCAGGAGCCUGAAUGGGUUGAAUGGGUCCAAUUUACUGCUCGCCAAUUUGCGAUGUAUGGCUGGGAGCAAAGCAAAGCAAUGGGUGCAAUCGCACGUCCUGACUCUUCCACCGCCCGCCAAGCUGUUGACGCCACUAAACUGUUGGAUAUUUAUCCUGGUCUCGCUGGUGACACCUUCAGCGAAAUGGUGCCUCUCGCCAAUAGCGACCCGGUCGAGGUCUUUUGCGAUACAGCUGUUAUGCUAGACUUCUUCCUUGAUAGCGAUAUGCUCUCUCGGACCAAAGUCCCUCAUCCUCCACCACUGCCUCCCGUCGAUCCCUGCAAUGAUGAAGGGCAUAACACUACCACUCCUACGGGCGCAAGUUCCUCGGCAGACCCUGUGUCACUCGACCUGCCCCUCUUAUUCGUAAACCACUCGCCUCCCGAGAAUAUCAUCUCUGGCGUGGGAUCACAUAAACAUCGUAUGUGUGCUACCGCCGGCGCCGCAUUUCUCGCCGCCACUGGGCUUAUAGGUGUCCCCGUCUUUAGUCUAGUGACAGACGGCUGUCGUGGGGUCAUUACGUGCGUGUGGGCGGAGGUCUUUGGCGGCUUCCAGAGGAUCAAGAUCGCGGAGAAGAACGGGGUUUUAUUCGAUCUCACUAAUCCGCUCUCGAGACGAUUGAAGCAGGAAAUGGGUUCUGACACUGAGGUUGACACGAACGAGGAACUCAACAAACCAGGCCCUGACAAGGAGACAGAUGAGGAGAUGUCUGAGGAAGAGGACGAGGAAGAGGACGAGGAGAACGAUCAAAUGCGCCAACCGGCUGAUUCCAGCAUCCUCACGGUGAUGAACGACCAAAACGAUAGCGGUGGGGAGCCGGUAAAGAGCAGCGAAGAGGCGCCGAGUGACGGGCAGACAAGCGGGAGCCUGGUAGGAGGAGGUAUGGGAGCGCAGGGCCCGGGUAUAGGACGUGGAGAGCGCGCGGAUGGAGGAGGAAACCGUGGAGGACCUCCAUGGCGAGGCUUCGCAGUUCCUCGUGGCCGAGGAACAGGCCGUUUUGUCCCUCCGGGGCCUGUGCAGGUGACUGACUUCAGCACUGGCCAGGGUGUGCCAGCACAGGCGCAUACACCCACCUUCAGGGUCCCCCAGGUGCCUCCCACAUCCCAGACGCGGCAUAGGGAGGCAAGCGUCCCUGCAUCCAGCGGCGAGAGACCCUCCAAGCGACCACGAGUGGCCUCUGUCCCUCCCGGUGGUCCGGCUGGCUUUCGCAGCCCAUGGUCAUCAGCACAAAGUCCAGGAGAGGAUAACGGAGCACGCACCGAGUCUCCCAGCUCACUCUCAAGUCCCAUAUCCCUUCCCUCUCCGCAGAUAUCCAGCUCCUCCCCGUUCUCUUAUCCAUCCUCCCUUCCCUCGACACCAGCCGCAUCCUCGUCUGACGGAGAUCUUCAAGGUGCUGACGCCAACGCUGACCUUGCACUGGAUGUACUGCCUGCCCAGCUCUUGAUGCCGCCUGCUCAGCCUGCGGUGCCACCACCCCAGCCUAUGAUGCCACUAACCAGCCAGGCACCGAGUGCCAGAGGAGCAAACACUCACCUUCCAGCUCCUGCUCCUCGCCGUCCACCUCGUCUGAAUGCUCCUGUACCUUCCUGUACCCCUACAGCUCAUCUUCCCAAGUCAAAUGUAUCAUUUGCGAUCACCGACCAAGUUUCAGAGCACGAGAGCAAGCUGAGCAUAAUGCACGAGCGCAUGGCUUGCAUGCAGAGUGAGACGCGGGCAGCACAAGAGACCGCAAAACGGGCGAUGGAGGAGGCAAAACGAGUCAGCGACAUUGCGGAGCGACUGAGUGGAGAGAAUGUAUACCUUCGGGACCGACUCACCGAGAUGGAAGUGAACAUGGAUGAACGUAUAGCAGCCGGUGUGGGAGCGUCUGAUGGAACGGGCACUCGGGGCAGAGAAAAUGCUCUACAGACAGCCAUCCGAGAGCAGUUCUUGAAGGUCCUCAAAAUUACCGAUGCUGCGAAGAUAGCCGAUUAUGAGCCAUUAGAAAACAGAGCUGUUAUCGACGACGAAGGGAAUGCUCACCCGAAUUUUUAUAAGUCUUGGACCCAAAACCGUGACUGGCACGACCAGGUGGCUCAGGCCAUUUCUAAUGCCAUCAAGAACAAUGUCGUACACGGGAAUGAGAUCAUGGAGGGGAAGAACAUUGGUGACAUCAAGACCCGCCUUGGCGUUGCGUGGAAGAACUGGACCCAGGGCCAGCGCAAUGGCCAGAAGGGGAAGAAGAAGAAGAGCCCUAAAGCGGAGAGUGAGGCUCGAAGGAACGGGCGAAAACUGAACAAACUUGGUGCUCGAAUCAAUGUUCGCCCCGAGAGUCGAUGGACGCACAAGCGCCAUGAUUGGUUUUUCACCAAGGAUGCACAGAGUUCGGAUGAAAGUGAGGAUGAAGGCGAGAAUUUGGGGAAGAAGCCAGAGGUGACAUUUGAGAGCGAUGGCGAGCAGGCUGACGACCUGAAGGGAAAGGGGAAAGCGAGGGAGAAAGGAAAGGGAAAGGAGGGGCGUCACAUAUCGGGCAAGACGUGGGUGACGAAGGUGCCAAAGUACCGGUCAGAGGAGACCGAGGAUAUGGUCGACAACGUGUCGCAGGCUGUUGAGCGAGCCCGCAGCUCUCGAGGCCCGCCCGCGCAUGCUAGAGUGAAGUUAGUCAAGGUCGACAAGGACCUACCUAUCAUCCAGGGGGGUAUUCCAUCUCGCGCUGUUGAGACCGACUGGCUGUACGUGAACGCUAAGGUGAACAAGUCCCGGGUGAACUUUGAUGACGCGGUGCCUUAUGAUGAGGAUGGGGAGCAAGGUGCAGAUGGACUAAGCCAGGCUGAACUCUACACAAUCUCAGCCGAGAACGCAGUGCUGGCCCCAGAAACAAUGCAACUUGUUGAGCAGGUGGCAGUGCAUCAGUACGCUGAUCCGGGCCCUGGCACGAGUGCGUACCACAUGGGCCUCAAUGCACAGACACAAGAGCAAGGCCCCGCUGGUCUUGUUGCCGAAUACAAUGCGGAUGGAAAUCUGUACUAUUACUUUGUUGACGCGUCAGGUCAAGUCCAAGGGGUUGCAAGUGAAGAUGAUGUGCGAGAAUGGCAGGGGGACAAUGGCGGGUACAAUGGAGAUGACGAGGGCCGGGGAUACUGA